UGAUGAAGGGAUGUGCACGGCCACACCAAGUACCACAGACUAUAACUAUAUUAUAAACGCGUUAAGUUUUACCUUAAGGUAUAUUACCUUGUUUCGCGAUUCGUUAGAAUAUAAAAUCGAAUAUCUAUUGUACCAGAAUUUCCAUCGUUUGCCAUGAUCAUUGAGCAGGGUACUGUAUUGUGACCGAUCCAUUCGAUAUUAUCGUAUUCCCCGAUCGCAAUGGUCGUGGUGAUAUUGAUUGGUGAUUGAUUGUAACCAGUACUCUCUGGAUAAAACAUCUUCCAGGUAUGAGGUCCAUUGUGAGCUGCAUAUCCAAACGAAAAGAUCGGCGAUUGACAUUCUUCUUCGAUGAUAGAGUUUCGUGAAAAGAUGUGGGACCACUUCAACAAUUCGCUGGACAGCAACGCUUUGUCGUUGACAAAGUGUAGAUGAAAUUUAUAAUCGUUUGGUAAUUGAAUAUUGAUCGCGCUCACAUACCUAGGAAUAAAAAGCUACCAGAUACGAUCAUCAAUUCGGGCCACGAAAAGCCCAACAUAUUUUUUUAUCAGAAAAUUAAUCAUCUGACGAUUUUACUCGUAACUCAUGAUACGUGACAUCGAUUCCAUUUUUAAACGAUACGUGAACGUUGUUUCAAGUUGGAACACUCGGCAAAUCGAUAAGUAGAUAUCGAUCUCUUCCAUUGUUCUCCCGUUAAACGGUCGACGUUGAGAAAAGAAUUCAAAAUCCUUAAGUACGAUGAAUUAAAAUUCUGCGAAGGAUGUCCACUCGAUAAAAAAGUGAAAUAGAUUUUAGAAAAGUGGGAAGGAUGCAGUGCGCUGGUGACAGCCCUAAGUGGGGUCAAUCUCCCGUGGAUAUAGACGACAAUCAUGUUCUUAGAGUAGAAUAUCCUCCGCUUACUAUGAGUGGCCAUUGGAGUCAGGAUGGUUAUGCGAAUAUAAGGAACACUGGAUCUACCGUCGGAAUAACUCUGGAGGGUAAUAGAAGUCCAGCUAGUAUACGUGGUGGUCCGCUGACAGACGACGUAUACGAAUUCUCGGAAGUUGUCUUUCGUUGGGGCUCAUCGAAUUGUAAAGGAGCCGAACAUACUCUCAAUGGAACGUGGUUUACAAUGGAAGCUCAAAUUAUACACUUUAAUCUUCGAUACGAAGAAAUUGAAAAGUGCUGGGAUAAGAGAGACGGUCUCGCGAUUUGCUCCUAUUUUCUUCAGGUCUAUCAACUUCCCGCUUGGGACGAGCAUCCAUUGUUCUCGAAGAUCACCGAUAAUUUGUAUAAGAUCACAGAACCGGAGUCCACCGCAAAAAUAUCAUCUAACUGCUUGAGUUGGAUGAGACAAGCCUGUCAAACACCAGGCUAUUAUAGCUACACCGGUUCCAUUACCACUUGGCCCUAUCACGAGUGCGUGACUUGGAUCAUUUUUCCAGAACCCGUACGAAUCUCAGAAAAUCAAGCGCAAUGUUUCAGAAUGUUAAAAAACAAACAAGGAACAUUUAUUAAAGAGAAUUAUCGUGAGGUUCAAAAGCUCAAUUCCCGAAUAAUUUACUACAUUUGUUGAAGCUACGUUUCUAUUUCUAUAAAGAUUGUAUAUCGGUCCAUUA